AUGAGGGAGAAGAUGGAGAAAGCUGCACUGUUGCGAAGCCAUGAAAAUGGUUUGUCGCAUGUUCUGUCUCUGGUCCUGCAUGAGCUGAGUCUGUUCUAUAAGAGAGAUGUCAAUGGGGUUGGUGUCUUGUAUGACCUGCUGAGAUCUCCGUGGCUGCAGGCUCUCUUGAAGGUUUAUGAAUGUCUUCAUCUGUAUAUCAAAAGAAGACCAGUUCCACUCACACCACAGGCACGACCGCUGACCCACGAGGUGGUGGAACUGUUGCGUGGAGUCCAACAGUCUCCGGAGGUUAAAGAGCUACGGCGACUUCUCCGAGGACCACACUUCAAGGCCUUACUAUCUGCUCAUGAUACGGUGGCGCAGAAGGACUAUGAACCAAUCCUCCCACCUCUGCCAGAUAACAUCCCUGAAAACGAGGAGGCAAUGAGAAUAGUCUGCCUGGUGAAAAACAAGCAGCCCCUUGGUGCCACUAUUAAACGCCAUGAGCUAACAGGAGAUAUUACUGUAGCGAGAGUAAUCCAUGGUGGAUUGGCAGAUAGAAGUGGGCUGUUAUAUGCUGGAGACAAACUGGUCGAGGUGAACGGAGUUCCAGUGGAGGGCUUGGAGCCAGAGCAAGUAAUUCACAUUCUGGCACUGUCACAGGGAACUAUUAUGUUCAAGCUGAUUCCAGUUUCUGAUCGGCCAGUCAGCAAUCAAACGACGCUCUAUGUGCGAGCGAUGGCAGAUUACUGGCCCCUUCAGGACCCCGCCAUUCCGUGUGCUGACGCAGGACUGCCGUUUAAAAAGGGAGACAUUCUUCAGAUAGUGGACCAGAACGAUGCCCUGUGGUGGCAGGCGAGGAAAGUCUCCGACCUCAGUGCCUGUGCUGGACUCAUCCCCUCGAACCACCUUCUGAAGAGGAAGCAGCGAGAGUUCUGGUGGUCUCAACCCUUGACACCCCACACCUGCCUCAAAUCAACCAUACUAAGUACUGUGGAAGAAGAAGAAGACAUGCAGAUUGAUGAGAAGUGUGUAGAAACAGAGGAGCUUAAAGAAGAAGAGGAAGAAUUCAGUGGAUCUGGCAAGCGGGUCUUCAUUAGCGGUUUCCGGAGAAGUAUGCGUCUGUGCCGCAGGAAAUGUCGUAACAGCCACCUGCCAUGCUACACCCGGUGCCCCAGCGGCUGCUACAGUGCUGCAGCAGCACCUUAUGAAGAGGUGGUGAGGUACCAGAGGCACCCUAGCGACCGAAACAGAUUAAUUGUGCUAGUAGGUCCUUCCGGUGUUGGGGUGAAUGAGCUACGGCGACGGCUUAUCGGUAUAAACCCUCAUCACUUUCAAAGUGCCGUGCCACACACAACCCGUGCUCAAAAGAGCUAUGAAGAGAAUGGCCGAGAGUACCACUAUGUGUUGAAGGAAACCUUUGAAAAUAUGGUAUACGGUCACAGAAUGAUGGAGUAUGGAGAGUACAAGGGGAAUCUCUAUGGCACGAGCAUUGAUGCUGUGCGCGCAGUGCUUGAUGAAGGGAAGAUCUGUAUAGUGGACUUAGAGCCUCAGAAUAUUCACCUGGCUCGUACUCAUGAACUGAAGCCCUACAUUAUAUUUAUUAAGCCAUCAAGCUUGAGCUGUAUGAAGCAGUCCCGGAAAAAUGCUCGGAUGAUCACAGACUACUAUGUGAAUAUGAAAUUUAAGGAAGAAGAUCUGCAGGAGAUGGAAGAGUCAGCUAAGAAAAUGGAAGCUCAGUUUGGUCAGUUCUUCGAUCACGUGAUUGUGAACGACAACUUACAGGAGGCUUGCAUGCAGCUACUGUCUGCUGUGCGCCGAGCACAAGAUGAACCGCAGUGGGUCCCGGCAACGUGGAUAUGCUCAGAAAAUCAGCCAUAAUGAUCAGAGCUAGACAGUUCCACAAAAAUGAUAGUUCAUGUCUCACAGCAUUAAUAACCGUAAUGCUGGGAUUGCCAGAGAGAAUAUCUCAUUCUUCGCAGGGAAUUUUUGGAGAGGAUUAGGCAAAAAGCUAUUGCAAGAUAAAAUUCAUGUUUGGUGUGGCGUUCUUAAGCAUUGUAUGUUCAGUAACAUUAAUUUUCUACCCAAAAAAAAUUAUACUGCUUCGUUGUAGUGUAAGAAUAUAA